AUGGCGAAUGCAGACGAAAAGAAACAAAAAUGUGUGGACGUACGUCUCAUUCCCGUUAAACUCUACUACAUAGCAUUCUUCUUCGGAUGGGCAUGUCUACGUCCCUUCCUCACCGUCUACUAUCGACAUCUCGGAAUGUCAGCUCGACAGUCAGGCAUCAUUCAGUCAGCCGGUCAAUUCAUCACUCUGUCAGCUCCGGCAUUCGGUCUCCUAGGCGACAAAUUGAGAAACCCAAAAUUUGUGUGGGUCACGUGCCUAGUCGGUCAGACCGCAUUUGGCAUGCUAAUUGGACUUGUGAUGCAGACGGAUGCUACAAUACAAGAAAUAAAUUUUUAUUGUAAUUGCAACGGAUCGGGUAACUCGACGAUCGACGUUCGUCGAUUCGAUUGCAACAGUUUACGAUCGUGGGAAGGCGAGUGGAUCAAGUUUGCCGAAUUGCUGGUGUUUGUACUGGCCAUGCAAACGAUGGUCGGGCCGACUCCCGGGAUAGCCGAUGCGUUCGUGUUGGAAAUUUUGGGCGAGAGUCGGCGUGGAGAUUACGGCAAGCAGAGAGCAUGGGGUGCACUCUCGUGGGGUGUUGCUGCCGUGACGAUUGGAUUCGUUUCCAGCUCGACGUCGACUUGUGGUCACACCAACUAUCACAUUCAUUAUUAUAUUUUUGGUGGCAUGUUGGUGUUGUCGGUCGUCGCCGCUCUCUUUGUUCGACCCGAGGGAAAAAUUAGGCAUCGGAGUGUGAGGUUAAAACGGAGUCUCGUUGGUUUAUUUUCGCAACCCGAUGUUGUUGUGUUUCUGUUUGGGUUGUUUCUCUCGGGCUUCGUCAUGACAAUCGUAGACAACUUUCUCUUCUGGUUUCUUCAGGAUCUCGGCGGGCAUCAGGUUGUGAUGGGCUUGUCGUUGUUGACGAUGUGUAUCGGUGAGGUGAUCAUAUUCGUGCCUUCUGGCUGGAUAAUCAAGACGCUCGGCGACCAUGCGGUUGUCCUAAUUGCCCUUCUUGUGUAUGGCAUUCGAUUCGUUGGUUACUCGUUUCUCUCGAAUCCAUGGUUUGUGUUGCUGAUCGAACCUCUACAUGGAGUGACGUUUGGGUUAACAAAAGCAGCGUGUGCGUCAUACAUGAGAGCCGUGAGUCCACCAGACAUGCAAACAGGUUCGCAGACGGUUGCCAAUGCUGUUACUUCGGGUCUCGGAAAGGGCAUCGGGAAUGUCGUGGCUGGUAUUGCGUGGCAUCGGUACGGUCCUGUGUGGACAUUCCGUGGAGCGGCUGCGGUUUCGGUUCUCGGUGCUGUGCUGUUUUGGGUCAUGCAUUCGGUGGUCGUUCGAGUAUGUGGUGGCAAGAGACGACAACUGGAUGAGACGAAGAGAUUAGUUAAUGACAAUUCGAGUGCGACGAUGAGAACAACACAAGGAGAUCCCCUUGCCAUGUCAAUGUAUGCAUUGGGUAUCUUGCCUCUGAUAAAUCGAAUUGCUGGUUUAUGCAAACAGGUGUGGUUCGCUGAUGAUGCAACUGGUUCAGGAAAGUUAAAGAAUGUUCGUCAAUGGUGGAGUGCAAUCGUUGAACACGGUCCAACCUUUGGUUACCAUCCAAAUGCCACGAAGACCUGGUUAAUUGUAAAAGAGAAUUUGAUGGAAGAAGGAAGGAAGGUGUUCUGUGAUACCAGUGUAAACAUAACAAAUUCAGGAAAACGGCACCUGGGUGCGGCACUAGGUGACACAUCUUUUGUCAACGAAUAUGUUGGUUGCAAAGUCCAGGAUUGGGUUCAACAAAUUGAGUCUCUUUCAGCCAUUGCUUGUACAAAUCCUCAUGUCGCCUACUCAGCCUUUGUCCAGGGUCUAGUUCAUAAAUGGUCAUACCUUUUCCGCACUGUCCCUGAUAUUGCGUCUGUUGUGAAACCUUUGGAAGAUGCCAUUUGUCAUCGAUUUUUGCCUGCUCUGACUGGACAGUCUGUGUUUGGGAUGGAAAUGAGAGAAGCUCUUUCUCUUCCUUGCAAUCUUGGGGGUCUAAACAUUUCUAACCCGACCAAAAUGUCUGAUAUUUCUUUUCGUGCUUCGCAACAUAUCACUGCACCCCUUGUGCACUCGAUUGUUGCUCAAGAACAGCUAUACACUAUAUCGUCUGCUGACAUGAUAACAAGGAAAAGCGAGAUGAAAUCGCAGAGGCGAAACUUCAAUCGCCAGCUUUUGGAUUCGCUCAAAGACAAUGCAUCCUCUUCUUUGGCUAGAUCGUUUGAAUUAGCCUCAGAGAAGGGUGCAUCAAGUUGGCUUACAGUACAUCCAAUUGAAGAACACGGCUUUCACCUGUCUAAGGGUGACUUCAGGGAUGCACUAUGCUUAAGGUAUGGUUGGAAACUAUCUGAUAUUCCUUAUCAAUGUGAAUGUGGUGAAUCAUUUAACAUCGAUCACUCCAUGGUAUGUAAGAAAGGGGGAUUCCCGACCCUAAGACAUAAUGAAGUCAGAGACAUAACAGCUGAUUUACUACGAGAAGUCUGUCAUGAUGUUGUUACUGAGCCUACCUUGCAACCGCUAUCAGGUGAAAGUUUUAGUUAUUCUACUGCCAACGUAAUGCCGGAGGCUAGAGCGGAUAUCUCUGCUCGUGGCGUGUGGAGGGCUGGAGAAAGAGCAUUCUUCGAUGUAAGGGUAUUCUACCCAAACGCUCCAUCCAGCUUGAAACACCCCAACUUAGAAUCUGCUUUUAGAGUGCAUGAGAAUGAGAAGAAACGUCAGUAUGGUGAGCGAAUACGAGAAAUUGAACACGGAUCUUUUACUCCACUUGUCUUCAGUUCGACAGGAAGCACAGGUCGAGAGGCUACUACGUUCUAUAAGCGCCUUGCAAGUCUCCAUGCAGCAAAAUCGGGUGAACACUACAGCAAAGUUAUGCAGUUGAUAAGAUGCAGGCUUUCUUUUGCUCUUCUACGAUCAAGCAUCUUAUGCAUUCGUGGAACACGAUCCAGUUUCUAUAGACCUAUCAAAGUGGACUUGUUGGGACUCAUUGAAAGAUCCGCUAUUGUGUCAUCUUCUCAGCACGUGCUCAACGUCCGCCGUUUCUGCUCAUUGCGUUGCUGGUCUACGUUGACAUUCUACACUCGGUGUUCUAGUCUCAUGGCGACGAAAAGUGACGAAGAGACAACAAACAGACGCUGCAAAGUGAAUCCUCGUCUAGUGCCGGGCAAACUCUACUACUUGACUCAAUUCGGAUGUUGGGUAUGCCUUCAUCCCUUCUUCACCGUCUACUACAGAAGUCUGGGAUUGUCAGCAAGACAAGCCGGAAUUAUCCAGGCAGUGGGAGAGUUCUUUACCAUCUUGUCACCGAUUGGUGGACUUAUAGGUGACAAAUUGAAGAAACCCAAACUUGCGUGGAUAGUGUCGAUUAUGGGUCAGUUUGUGUUUGGUAUGAUCAUUGGAUUGGCGUUCAAACCCGAUGCCAACUUUCAGUGGACGAGAUCGUACUGUCACUGCAAUCAGACCGAGAUGCUGUGGGUUAAGAUCGACUCGGAUGUCACCACCGAUUGUAGCAAGUUAAAGACGUGGGAGGGAAGUUGGAGCAAGACGGCCAUUUUUGUCUUCUUAGCUUCUCUUCUCUAUUUCGUCUACGGCUCGGUGUGCGGUCUCGGCGAUUCCUACGUGUUAGCGACGCUCGAUAAACCGGGAGACUACGGGAAACAGAGAGCGUGGGGCUCGAUAUCGUGGGGUCUCGUCUCUGCAUUAGUCGGAAGACUCACGGACGUCAUUUCUAGCUGCGGUUAUGUCAACUAUGAUGUGCAUUUUUACUCGUUCGCCGUUUGCCUGUGGCUGUCGAUCAUAUGUGCUGCCUUAGUUCGACCCAAGACGAAUGUUCGAGGAUCAAGUGUGAGUAUAAUGAAAAGUAUUCGAGUGCUCAUCUCACAACCGGAUGUCUGCGUCUUCUUCAUUGGAAUCUUUUUCAUCGGUAUCGGUAUGGUGAUCGUCGAGAGUUUCCUCUUUUUCUUUCUCGAAGAUUUGGGAGCUACGCAGACUCUUCUGGGUCUCACGAUCAUGAUGAGAGCUUCGAGUCAAGUUGCCGUCUUCUUUCUGUCCGGAACGAUAGUAAAAUUUCUUGGCAAUCAUGGAGCUGUGGCGUUUGCUCUGAUCGCGUUUUGUAUUCGAUUCAUUUCAUACUCGUUUCUCACCAACCCGUGGUAUGCUCUGAUUAUCGAGCCUCUGCACGGCUUUACGUUUGGUCUCUCGCUCGCAUCUACUGCAUCCUUUCUCAGCAUUACUUCGCCUCUAGACUUACAAGCGGGAGCACAGACGAUCGGUUAUGCCGUACGUUGUGGCCUUGGCAAAGGUCUGGGAAAUAUUGUGUACGGAUUUGUGUAUCACCAAUUUGGCGCAAUCGUGACAUUUCGAUCUGUAGUUGUUGUGUUGGCUAUUGGACUCACUCUGUUUUGGAGUUUGCAUCUAGUGGCCAGAAAUCGGUCACCUCCUAUGGCCAGCCAUACUGUUGAUGAGGAGAAAGACGAAGACGAUGAAACAAAACCUCUUGUGGUUGACAAACAUUACACACCAAGAAGGGUUUUGUAUAGUCAUAGUGAUGGUGAAUGAGUUGUAGUGCUAAGUUUGAUCGAAAUGUUGUGAUUAGAAGUACAAUUGGUGAUUGAUUGUGUUUGAUAUAUGUAGUUCAUGUGGUUCAGUGGUCAGCGUUUUAAAUUGAAGUUGAGGCUUGUAUGGGA